AUGGACAUGGGGGGCCUGGACAACCUGAUCGCCAACACAGCCUACCUGCAGGCCCGCAAGCCCUCGGACACGGAUAACCGUGAGCUGCGGCGCUGGCGUCGGGGCCUGGUGCUGCCCGAGCCACAGGACUGUGCGGCGCUGCGCCGCGCGCUGGCCCCGCACUUCGACAGCCUGUGCGAGCAGCAGCCCAUCGGCCGCAGGCUCUUCCGCGACUUCCUGGCCUCGGAGCCUGUGUACCGAGAAGCCUCGGCCUUCCUGGAGCAGGUGCAGGCCUGGGAGCUCGCCGAGCAGGGGCCUGCCAAGGACCUCGCACUGCAGGGGCUGCUGGCCGCGUGUGUCCCCGCCGCAGGGCACCCUCAUUCCUUCCUCAGCCCGGCGCUCUGCACCAGGUGCCAAGCGGCCGCCACCGAAGAGGAGCGCGUGGCCGCUGUGGCUCUGGCCAAGGCGGGGGCCCUGGGCUUCUUGCAGGACCGGCCCUUCAGGGACUUCCUGGCCAGCCCCUUCUACGAUAGAUUUCUGCAGUGGAAGCUCUUUGAGAUGCAGCCAGUAUCUGACAAGUAUUUCACUGAGUUCCGCGUGCUGGGAAAAGGUGGUUUUGGGGAGGUAUGUGCUGUCCAGGUGAAAAACACUGGUAAGAUGUACGCCUGUAAAAAACUGGACAAGAAACGGCUGAAGAAGAAAAAUGGGGAAAAAAUGGCUCUCCUGGAAAAGGAAAUCUUGGAGAAGGUGAAUAGCCCUUUCAUUGUCUCACUGGCCUAUGCCUUUGAGAACAAGUCCCAUCUCUGCCUGGUCAUGAGCCUGAUGAACGGGGGUGAUCUCAAGUUCCACAUCUACAGCGUGGGCACCCGGGGCCUGGCCAUGAGCCAGGUGGUCUUCUACUCGGCCCAGAUGGCCUGCGGAUUGCUGCACCUCCACGGCCUGGGCAUCGUCUACCGGGACCUGAAGCCUGAGAACGUGCUGCUCGAUGACCUGGGCAACUGCAGGCUGUCUGACAUGGGACUGGCCGUGCAAAUCCAGGAUGACAAGCCUGUCACCCAGAGGGCUGGAACCAACGGUUACAUGGCUCCUGAAAUCCUGAUGGACAAUGUGAGCUACUCCUACCCUGUGGACUGGUUUGCGAUGGGAUGCAGCAUUUAUGAAAUGGUCGCUGGGCGGACACCCUUCAGAGAUUACAAGGAAAAAGUCAGUAAGGAGGAGCUGAAGCGAAGAACCUUGAAAGAGGAGGCCCUGUUCCAACAUGAGAAUUUCACAGAGGAUGCAAAAGAUGUCUGCAGACUCUUCCUGGCCAAGAAAGCUGAGCAGCGCUUAGGAAGCAGAACAGACUCUGAUGAUCCCAGGAAACACCCUUUCUUCAAAAUCAUCAAUUUUCCUCGCCUGGAAGCUGGCCUUGUCGAACCUCCAUUUGUACCGGACCCUUCUGUGGUUUAUGCCAAAGACAUUGAUGACAUUGAAGAUUUCUCCGAGGUGCGGGGGGUGGAAUUUGAUGACAAAGAUAAGAAGUUCUUCCAAAGAUUUGCAACAGGUGCUGUCCCCAUCGCGUGGCAGGAAGAAAUUCUAGAGUCAGGGCUGUUUGAGGAACUGAAUGACCCCAACAGGCCAGCAGGUUACAAGAAGGGUAAUUCGUCCAAGUCUGGCGUGUGUGUGCUACUGUGA